CUUUGCCAAUAGCGACACCAUUAGUCGUCAUAGACGGAAGUGCACCUGACUGAGCGGAAGUAGAAGGUCUCGGAGGCUAAGAAGGUGGAGACCGGAGAAGCUGAAAGGUUCUUUAGCGUUACCUCCCUCACUGGGCAGCAUGGGGGAGAAGUCAGAGAACUGUAGGGUUCCAGAGGAUCUGUUCAAUGGUUUGAAGGUUACAGAUACUCAGGAAGCUGAGUGUGCUGGCCCUCCAGUUCCUGAUCCCAAAAAUCAGCAUUCCCAGAGUAAGCCGCUCAGGGAUGAUGAGGCCCAUCUCCAGGAGGACCAGGGAGAAGAGGAGUGUUUUCAUGACUGCAGUGCCUCAUUUGAGGAGGAGGCAGGAGCAGACAAGGUUGAGAACAAAUCUAAUGAAGAUGUGAAUUCCUGUGAACUAGAUGAAGAAUACCUAAUAGAACUGGAAAAAAACAUGUCAGAUGAAGAGAAACAGAAAAGAAGAGAAGAGAGCAUUAGACUAAAGGAGGAGGGAAACGAACAGUUUAAGAAAGGAGAUUAUACAGAAGCUGAAAGUUCUUAUAGUCGAGCCCUCGAAAUAUGCCCAUCCUGCUUCCAAAAGGACAGGUCGAUUCUAUUUUCAAAUAGAGCUGCAGCAAGGAUGAAGCAGGACAAGAAAGAAAUGGCCAUCAAUGACUGCAGCAAAGCAAUUCGGUUAAACCCGAACUAUAUCAGGGCAAUAUUGAGGAGAGCAGAACUGUAUGAGAAGACGGACAAGCUGGACGAAGCCCUGGAAGACUAUAAAUCUAUAUUAGAAAAGGAUCCAUCAAUACAUCAAGCAAGAGAAGCUUGUAUGAGAUUGCCUAAGCAAAUUGAAGAACGUAAUGAAAGACUAAAAGAAGAGAUGUUAGCGUUUUAUAGUUGGAAUCGGAGAACCUCCCACAAGCAGUCUGCUUGAUUUAAGAGGAGUGAAGGUUCCUGAACACAGACUUAAGUCUAUUCGACUUGUAACCUGUCUGAUAUUUUGCUGGUCAAGAUCUGCCAUGUAUUUUCCUUUAUGACUAUUUUCUAACUCUGUUAUUUGAAUUACAUUUAAUAAAUUGCAAUCAUGUAGCCCUAAAGGAAAAAUUAUUUAAAAUAAGUUGGGCCUGCCUGCCAUUUAUGGCCUUCAGACAUCGGUAUCCAGAGAAUGGGAACAGAUUUCUCAAAGGAUCAUUCUGAUAGCCAAGUUGAUUGAGAGGAGGCCGUUAACCUAGACCAUUCAGAGUCUUUUGGCCCGGCUGGGUAGACUCAGACUGUAAAAAUUGCUGCUUCAGACUUGAGACAGCUCUGGAGCCUUCCCAUAUUUUCCAAAAGAGAAGGGGGGUGGUGAGCUUUUCCCCUAAUUUACAUAUUUAAUUAAACUUGGCCACGCACAGUGGCUCCUGGGUAAUCCCAGCACUUUAGGAGGCCAAGGUGGGAGGAUUGCUGGAGCCCAGGAGUUCGCGGCCAGCCUGGGCAACAUGGUGAAACCCCAUCUCUACAAAAAAUUAGCCAUGCCUGGUGGCAUGUGCCUGCCUGUAGUCCCAGCUACAUGGGAGGAUUACUUGAGCCCAAGAGUUCAAGGUUGCAGUGAGCUAUGAUGGUGUCACCACACUCCAGCCUGAGUAACAGAGCAUGUGAGACUCUGUCUCAAAAAGGAGAAGAGGGAAAAGAGCAUUUUCUCACCUAUUUUUAUUAACAGUGAUGUUUUAUUUUAGCAAAAAAAAAAAAAAAAAUGUAUUUGCAUUUAGUAUUUGAAUUUCCUGCCGAAAAAGAUAACCUUAUGAAUGGCACAGUGGAUCUGGAAGGUGUUGAUCUCUUAGUCCAUUUUUUUAAAAGCAGUCCAGUAAGGGACUAGUGCAAACUGAAUCUUACUGCCUACUGUUAGUUCCAGGUGCAAUUAAAACUUCCAUUUGUCCUUAUCUUUAUAAAUUGUAAUGCAUCAGAGUUUCAUGUCUCCAAGGCUUUGGGUUUUUCUUAUGUUAUUCUCUUCAUUUGAAAAAAUUCAAAUUUAAUUCAUUCCCUCAGUUGCUUCUAAAAUGAAUUCACCUACCAUUAGACUUAACCAGCUUAAGUUGCUUGGUAAAUAACAUGUGUUGUUACACAUGAGUAGUUUGAGUAUGUAGGUUCCUUUUUUCCCUUAAUGAAUAUAAAAAUCAUGAAUAAGAUACUGCCCUAGGUGUUACUGCACAGUAGAUACCACUCUUUACAUGGAAUUUCAGCCCCCACAAGAGCUUUUGUGGUAUUCUUUCCUCCUUGUUACAGAUGACAUACUUUAGUUCAGGUUUUAUGAGAUCCCUGGAGGCUAGACAUUCUGAAUGCAAAUUAAUAUCAUUUAGAAGUUCUGAGCAAGCUUUUCACAGUGGACUGCAUGAUCUUUAUGCUAGUUCCUAUUAACGCGAUGGCUUCUAUGAAGGAUAAGCAGUUAAAAAUUUUUUAAAUCAGGUAGUGUGGGCUGAGCAUAGUGGCUCAUACCUAUAAUCCCAGCAAUUUGGGAAGCCAAGCCCAAGAGUUCGAUACCAGUUUGGGCAACAUGGCAAAAAUUAGCCACACGUGCUGGUGUGCACCUGUAGUCUUAAGCUACUCAGGAGGCUGAGGUGGGAGGAUCACUUGGGCCCAGGAGGUCAAAACUUCAGUGAGCCACAGUCAUGUCACUGCACUCAGGCCUAGGUGACAGAGUGAGACCCUGUCUUUAAAAAAAAGAAAAUUAUAAAAUCAGGUAGUGUGAUACCUAUAGCUUUUAUUCUUUUUUUCAGGGUUACUAGCUAUUCAGGGUGUUUUGUGGUUCCAGACAAAUUUUAGUGUUUUUCCUUUUCUGUGAGGAAUGUCAUCAGUGUUUUGACAGGGAUUACGCUGAAUCUGUAGAUCACUUUGAGUAGUACAAAAUGGGUUUUUAUUUAGAUUCGUUCAGUAUUCUUUAACUUGAUUUUUCUUUCAUCUCUGCAAUUUCCUUUUUAUUAGAAAAAAGAGCUAUUUACCCAUGGGGGGAAAAAUCCUGAUAGGAAUUAUUAGUGGGUAGAACAGUUAUUUGCUUCGCCCUUUCUAGCCUAUCAUUUAUAAUCUUUAGAACAGAUUAUCCGGGUGGCCAUUAGUCCUAGGGGCACAGUCCUUGCUGGUCACAGAAGAUGAUCAUGAUAGCUUUAAGACGAUCUCUUGAGGAAAGUGGUCAGCUUCUAGAUUGGUGUCUUUUUAAUGUCCUUUUUCUAGAAUAAUUAGCGUCAUAGCCAUAAUAACCAAGGAAUAUAAGGUGUUUUGUUGUUGUUGUUUUCUUUUGAGAUGGGGUCUCAUUCUGUCACCAGGCUGGAGUGCAAUGGCUCAGUCUCAGCUCACUUCAACUCCGCCUCCUGGGUUCAAGCAAUUCUCCCACCUCAGCCUCCUGAGUAGCUGGGAUUAAAGGCACACGCCACCAUGCCCAGCUAAUUGUUUUGUAUUUUUAGUAGAGACGGGGUUUCUCCAUGUUGGUCAGGCUGGUCUUGAACUUUCAACCUUAGGUGAUUCAUGCGUCUCAGCUUCCCAAAGUGUCGGGAUUACAGGCCUGUGCCACUGCGCUUGGUCCCAGAAUAUAAGGGUUAAAAGGACUUAAGGGUGAAACCCUGUCUCUACUAAAAAUACAAAAAAAUUAGCAUGGUGGCACGUGCCUGUAAUUCCAGCUACUCAGGAGGCUGAGGCAGGAGAAUUGCCUGAACCCAGGAGGCGGAGGUUUCGGUGAGCCGAGAUCACGCCAUUGCACUCCAGCCUGGGUAACAAGAGCGAAAUUCCAUCUCAAAAAAUAAAAUAAAAAGGACUUAAGGGCAUGUAUGGUUGAUGGUGUGAUGAGAUGGAAAUAGAGACCCUGGACAUAGCAUCCCAACAGGCUCAGAGCAUUUUUGAGCAAUUAGUCAUUGAAGCUUUAUUUGCUUUUUCUCUAAUGAUUUCACAGUUUUCUUAAACAGCUGGGAAAAAAAUUGACCAGGUGCAGUAGCUCAUGUCUGUAAUCUUCACAUUUUUGGAGGCCAAGGUGGAAGGAUUGCUUGAGCCCAGAAGUUCGAGACCAGCCUGGGCAACAUGGCGAGACCCCCAUCUCUGCAAAAAAAUUUUAGAAAUUAGCCACGCGUGGUAGCACAAGUCUGUGGUCCCAGCUACUUGGGAGGUUGAGGUGUAUCACCUUAGUCCAAGAGGUCAAUCUGCAAUGUUAUGAUAGUACCAGCCUGGGCAACAGAGCCAAGACCUUGUCUCAAAAACAAAGAAAGAAAAAUGAAAAGAAAAAUCUCAUGUGAAACCGCAAUAUAGGAAAAAAAGUAGAGUUUUAUAUAAAUUGAAACGUACAGUAUAGCAUUUAUAAUCAGAAUAAUCACGUAAGUUCGAGGAUCAAAGAUUUGAAGUAAGGUUGCAUAUGGCAGACACAGCCUUUAUGGGUAUAUUUCAUUGUUUCAAUUUUACAGGAUUAAAUAUUUUGGUCACAUAGGUAAAUAGUAAAAAAAAUAUAUAAAAGUAAAAUUGAUGAGACACUUUCAGCAACCCUGAAGCUCCUCUGUUGAACUGUAAGAUACUUAGGGCAAAUUCCUAGUGUUACUGCUCUGCCCUCAGGAGUACCUUGAGAGGUGUGGCUGUGUCACCUUAUGGGAAGAGUGCCUUCCCAUAAGGCACUCUUAUGGGGGUUGGUUCUUUGCACAGGAGCAGGUGACCUGAGUCAUUCUUUUUGACAGCCAUACUGGGAGGGCAAGAGAUUUGUACUUGGGAUGAUGCUAUGAGUCUCUAAACAAGCUUUGAUCCCAAACAGAAAAGAAUAUAGGGUAAAGACAUCUGUCAUCAUUUGCACAUUAUUUUGUCUUAUAUGCUGGCCCAGCCAAGAAGUCUUUCAAGCAAGUGAAAUUGUCAAUAAAAUCUGUAUGUGUA